CCUCUGCAUUUUGAAAUUGACUUGAUUGUCAUUACAAUAACAUCCGGGCCGAGCUGUUUGAUCAAAAGUUUUUUGCUGAGACAAAGUCUUGAUAGCGUAGAUGAAAGCAGACCUUCAACACAGUUUGCUUCUGUCUGAGUCACAUGCUCCGCCCUCAUCGGAGCCCCCUAUUGUUUUCCUGUUAGAGGGAGAGAGAGGGAAGUAGAGAGUGAAGGAGAGAGGCCGAGUGUGUGAGACAUACAAAGAACAGGGUGAGAUAUCUCUUGUGCCGUGUCGUGAAGAAGGAGAUCUAGCAUGACCUACCGUCUGUUUGAGGGAAAGCAGCAUGCUGAGGAGUACCUGAAGUUCAGGGUAUCGCCCCCGGAUCAUCUCAUACAGAAGGUGGUGGACUUUGUGGAGAAGAAGAAAGGGCGGCCCUUUGACUUGGCUCUGGAUGUGGGCUGUGGCUCAGGCCAGGGCAGCGUCCUAUUGGCCAAGCACUUUGCGUCUGUGGUCGCGACAGACAUUAGCCCCGCCCAGAUAGAAAUGGCCAUGGCCGUGCCAAAUGUCACAUACAAGGUGAGCACGGCCGAGGACCUGCCCACGCCCAGCGGCUCAGUGGAUCUGGUGACCGCCAUGUCUGCCUUCCACUGGUUCGACCGCCCACGCUUCCUCCAGGAGGCCCACCGGGUUCUGAAGCCCCGCGGCUGCCUGGCGCUGCUCAACUACACCCUGAACAUGGAGCUGAAUCGGGAGGGUUGCUGCUCGGACACCCUGAACGCCAUCUGCGAAGAGUUCUAUGUAGCUCUGCGGAAACAUGUCAGUGCUCAUCUGGGAACCACAUCUAAACCACUCUACCAAGAAAGCUACGAGGCCAUCCCGUAUCCAGACAAGGAGUGGCAUGAUUGUUUGCGUGUUAGUAAGACUGUACCCCUGUCUGGCUUCAUCGGGAUGGUGGAGUCUUUCUCCAGCUACCAAACGCUCCUCAAGAAGGAUCCUGUAGAGGCUCGCAGGCUGUCCGACCAGACCACCAACAGGUUGAUGUCGGCCAUGAAGGUGACCUCUCCAGACACAGAGGUCGUUGUGGAUGUGAAGUACUUCUAUGUUCUCGCUUGCAAACCAGCUGAAGACUGAGCGCUCAACGGCAGAAGGACUGUUGCUUCUACUUCUUCUACGGAUUUGAACACACUAAUCCUCCAUCGCAUGCUUAGAAUGAAUCGUGUAUCCUGUACAUUGUGUCAUUUCAGGCUACGUCUUAAUGCUUGAUUGAAGUGAUGCCAAGUGAAAGGAAGUGCUCUGCAGUAUCCAUCCUUAGCGGGUACUCUUCUUUCUUUAGGUGUGUAUCAAUUUACAAAUUACAAUUAGGGCAUUUAGCAGAUGCUUUUUUUUUUUUUAACAUGCAAGGCGACAGCAAGCUCGUCAGGAGCAGUUAGGGUUAAGUGUCUCGCUCAGGGACACAUCAACAAUCAGCUAGGAGGAGCUGGGGAUUGAACUAGCAAGGCGGAAUGUACCUUAUUCAAAAUAUAUUUGCUGAAAUACAGUGAUGUGUUAAUGUCUGAAUAUCUGAAUAAACGCCCACUUACUCAAAGAUU